AUGUCACAACCAACCGGUCACAUAUGCAGAAAGAGAAAGGACCCUUCACGACCUCUGUUACUAACCAGAGCAUGGUGGUAUAUACCACUUCAUUUUAUCUGUUCAACCGCUCUGUCAGUCACUGUAAUCCUACUCAACGGAGAAGUGUUUCCCGUCGACCGCACCUCUACAUACCGCAUCAGCCAAUCAGAUAUCACUACCUUGAUCGCGGCCGGACUCAGACUUACCUCUCUCCUUGGUUCAACCUGGCACGGGAUACUUGCCUGGCGCUGCACCUUCAUCGCUAUCGAACUGUCGGGGCUUUCUUUCUCGGAGAUAGCGAAACAAAUAUCCUGGCGCUCGGGACCUCUGAUACCCCGAAAGAGCCUUCUCUUCUGGAUAUCGACAGCCUUGUUUUUACCGUGGCCAGCACUGAUGGCGGGUCCUGUGCUGACCGGGUCCGUUUCAUGGGUACCCAACAACAAGGUCAAAGUAGAAAAGGGGAAUAUUGUUACAAUAUCGCAGGUGACCGAGGCCAUGCCGCCGAGAUGGGCCAGCGUUGUGGCAGGGCCGUUGGGAGCCCAAGACCACGUUCUUAUAGCGGCGGGCGCGUCGUACUUCAACUUCAACAAAUGGUACAACAAUGGAAAGGAAUCUGUACGGAAUCCACGCAGAGUUAUUCCCCAGCUUAACGGGAUACCUGUAAACAGCUCACUAUCGGAUGUUGUUAUGCCACACUUCAAAAUUACGAGAUUUGAGUGGGUCCAAACGCUGGAUUUGAUACCGAAAGAAGUACAGAAGCAAGUUCAAAACAGAACGACAGACUGGUUCACCCUCGGAAACACUGGAAGACCCAUUACGAACUCACUAUUAUCUACAGCCGGCACCGCCCUGUUGGUACGAAAUAAAAAGGACCACCCUCUCAACGGAACUAGUUUCCCAAAGCCAAGUACAGUCGCGGAAGAGACUUUUGGGGCUAUUUAUCUACGUUAUCACGACGAUGCAGGAAACGGGACCAUGGCGAGCGAAGGAUGCUCAAACACAGACACACCAGUAAAGGAAUACCUCUGGAUAUCAUUCGACAAUGUUAUAUACUGCAUCGCCAUGGCGAAACUCAAGUGGAAAGCUGGCGUGAUCAGCUGUAAGGAUCCAAUAUUGGUCGCAGACACGCUUCUGGAAUGCCGAGAACAGAACAUGGACCACAUCGAUGCCGAUCCUCUGGUUGAGUUUACACUACAGAUAAUACCUGAGACGGUACGAAACGUCAUGUGGAUGAGUACCGUGAACCUGGACAUUGAGAAGAACACAGAUGCCUACUUCCAAAACAUCCUCACCCUGACAUACCACGGUGCAUGGAGCGCGAAUGUCGAAGACCUCAAGGGCCCAAGAGGACAACGUACAUUAGUCAAAGAGCCCGUACAAGCCAACGAAGCACGCAUAGAGUUCUGGCGUGUCUACACAUGGCUAGCACUCAAUGUACUCGUUGCAUUUUCCGGCAUAAUCGUGUGUAUUCUCCAAAAGAAAUGCUCAAGGCAAGUGGUCCGUGAGCCUGUUCUCGCAGCAUUAAUGUUGGACCCGACGCCGAUUUUCGAGAACGAGCAAAGCGGCCUAUGCGACACUGACAACCUGGACAAAUCAAACGACAGCAAGGGCCGUGUUCGUCUUCAUACAUCCACAUCAUCAGGCUCUUUGUGGAGUCACGACAAGUUAUGGCUGGAAGACCCUGAGAAAGAUGCUGAAAGCCAUCAAUUGCUCAUAAGAAAUGAGUUUCGAGGCCAGGAUGAUGAGUGAAAAGGAAAAGAAAUAUCCAGCACUGGUAUAAGAAUAACCUAGCGAUAUUGAUAAGAAUUCAAUAUCUACAUCCCGACAAAGCCGUUGGAGAUCUGUACAUGUACUACAGGCAAACGGACCAAGGUCGCUUAGUUAUUUUAUUCUAUCAGUGGACUAGUUCCGCUUCACGAACCAAAAUAAGCCGCCCUAGCAAGUACAGUAUCUGCUAUCUACCUUUCCUUUGCAGUCUCCAUAGUGUCCCGGUGAAUUGAAUGCCCAGACACAUCAUGUUCCGCAUCCCACUGCUCCAACUGGUCUUUCGGCACCUUGACCAAUUUAUGUGUAACCGAGCCAUCAUCCAAGGUUAAAACAGUCUGCCUCAUCUCAUACUUACCAAAGUAUGGCAGUACGUAAAUCCAAAUCCAGUAGUAGAAGCCGCAUACAAGAAUACUGAGCACCGUUAGUUGAAUCUUUGCUAAGCCGUU